CUGUCUAAUUCUUGGCAUAAACCUCCUCAUCUCACAUCCUUUGUAUGUGAUGUGAUGUACUGAAUUGGACAAACUACAACAGAUUGAUUUGACAAGAUGGACGUGGGUACUUCAUGUACGGCUAGGAGAAUGACAAGAUCAACUUCUAUGGUUGUGCUCCUUGAGCUUCUUGCUGAGAUAAAUUGCUUCAGGGCGAAAUUAGACUUCGACAUAUUGAAC